UACCCCUAAGGGUACACAUACCCUGGUUGAGAAACACUGGUCUAAGCCACUGGCGGACUGCCAGAUAGGUUGUUUACCUUGCAUCUGCUGGUACAGUCUCUGGUAGAUCCCACUGGCCAUGGUUCAUUUUUCCCAGCCAAUGGUGGCUUGCCAGGGGUUUACCCUUGCAAACUGGGUGCCCACCACUGUUUUAGAUUGUGCUUGGUCCUUCCAUAAGUGUAAAGGACUUGACUUGAUGACCUCUUAAAAUUCCUUUCAGUCCUGUGAUUCUAUACAUACAGUCCUCCAUCCCAGCACGGGCUGCUUUUUAGCUAUGCUUUAAAUAUAAAGUUUGCAAAGCUCUUCGGGAUCUUUCAGGAUGAUAGGAGCUAGAUAAAUAUUUUUUUUUAUGUGAGGCCGUUGUGCUGAUACAAACUUUGCUAUCAGCUUAUUUGUGCUUGUACCAAACAUUACAAAACCACCACGAGCACUUUCAAAGCCUCAGUGGUACACCAGCAAAGUACACUAUAUUAAAACUCCCAGCCAAUUAAAUAAUGUUUUAAUAACACAAUCCUGUUUCUGUAAGAGGGGAGUAGGGGUGAGGGGGCACCCUCAUACUAGCUCCUACAUAGCAGCUUGGGGGGAAAGUCUUAUUCAUCCAGUCUCCCACCUCCAGACCCUGGGAAAGAGGGAGGCCAGUUUGUGGAUGCUCCAGAGAUGUGUAGGCUUGAUCAUGUGGGAGCAACAACAGAUCUCAAUUGGGUUCCAAUGGCAGACUGUUAGUUAAAGAACAGCCGUAGAGCACAGGGUUUUACUUGGGGAUUAAUGACCAACCGGGAGGAACUGAUAUACUUCAAGCACAGCCAUGACAGGGGCUAUUAAGCUCAGUGGGUUGUUAAUCCCCUAGAAACAGCCUGUGCCAAAAUUAUUUCUAUUAUGAGCUGAACAUUGUAGGUAGGGGUAUAUGUGCUUGCAGGGAAAUCUUACAGGCGUGUGGAUUUUUUUUCUUAUGGAUAAUAUAUUUUCAGUUGAUUUGGACAGAGUGUUCCUAAAACAUCAGCCAGACAAAGCCUCACUAUUCAUUUCAAUUUCUAACCCAAAGCAGAUGAAGCAGCAGGGGGCUGUCUUUGCUGGAGAUACAAAUAUGAAUCCUUUGCAAACCAGUCUGCUUUACCUGUGACAAUGCUCUUCCUGUCAGUGACUGAUUGGUUGCUUUCUGUCAACUGUGCAGAUGCUCGAGAUAGGAUGCCUAUGUUUAGAGACUCAAAAUGUUCCUAUCUGGCUUUGUUUAUGAUUAAUUCUGAGGCUUCCCAUUGUCAAGAGCAGAGCAGCACCAAGGACUCGUCACUUCUCUGCUCCCUAGAACACAAACGUGACACGACCGAUGUGGAAAAGUCUGUUUUGCUAGUCUUGGCUCUGAGCCUUCUCUCUGAUCCCCCACCCCUGGUGUAAAUGUGGAGUUAUUUCACUGACUUCUGUCAAGUGAAUCCAGAUUUACUCUGCUGCAACAGACAACAGUUUGAACUUGAGUUUUAACUGGCCAUCAAGUGGGUAUCUACUGUUCAGAGGAAGCGAAUACUUGAUGAAAAAUCUCAUGACAUAUUUGCUAGUUUUUAUUUCUCCGGGUUCUAUUGUACAUGUCCCCCACUUUCUCCAUAUGCUAGAUCUCUGCAGGAACAAGUUGUUAAGGAGACAGAAGAAGAGAAUAAUUGAAAAGUGUUCCCAAUUAAAAUCAGUUGGAAUAAUCUGCAAUUCAAUGAGAGCCAGUCCCAGGGAGGGCUUGGGGGUGCUAGAACUGCAGUGCAUGUCAUUUCUUCAGGCACACAAAUAAUUUACACAAUGACUUCCCAUGGAAACUAUACCCCAUAGGAGAGAAAUAAUGAAAUGAAAUGCGAUUUGCCUCAGCUGGAGACUUUUCUCUUUGCACAUGUGGUACAUGGCGCUUCCUGACAAGACAGUGAGCUCAGCAAACACUAACUCCGAUUUGGGAUGUCACGCGGAGAAAUCGGGUUUUCAUUGUCAUUCGGCCUUUAACCUACAGAGACUAGAGUCUAAAUCCGAUCUAUGUAAUAAGUGAACAUGAAUUUGGUUAUCUGGGCCUAAUGCUAGUGAAUGCUUUUCAAAGGUGCCGAGCAGCUACUGCUCCCCUUGACUUCAGCUAGGUUCUCAGCAUUGCCGUAAAUCAGGUGCCUAAAUAUGGACUUGGGCCUAAUUUUAGGCACCCACUUUUGAAAACCUUGGCCUUCGUAUUUAGGAGAAACUUUAAAGGCCUCUUGCUAGAGGUAGGUCAGAACAAAGGGCUUGUCUUCACUACACAGUGGAUCCGGAUGUACACUGCAGUGAUCAAUCCACUGGUGGUCGAUUUAUCGCUUUCUGCUUAGACACGAUAAAUUGAUCUCUGAGCACUCUCCUGUUGGUACUCUGCCAGGAUGAGAAGAGUAGCUGGAGUCAAAGGGAGAGCAGCCCUCACUGACCCCACUGCAUGGAAGACACCACAUGGCAGAAAGGGCAGCCCCCUACACCAAUGUGAUCAUGCCUAGUCUGUUCGGCAUCAUCUGCUUCCUGGGCACCGUCGGGAAUCUCAUCGUCAUCUAUACCAUCGUCAAGAAGAAGAAGCUGAGGUGCAAGCAGACCGUGCCCGACAUCUUCAUUUUCAACCUCUCCAUUGUGGACCUCCUCUUCCUGCUGGGCAUGCCUUUCCUCAUCCACCAACUCCUGGGUAAUGGUGGCUGGUAUUUCGGGGCUCCUUUGUGCACCAUCAUCACCGCCUUGGACACUAACAGCCAGAUCACCAGCACCAACAUCCUGACUGUGAUGACCCUCGACCGUUAUCUGGCAACCGUCUACCCUCUGAAAUCCACCUCUGUCCGGACGCCAUGCGUAGCGGCCUUAGUCAUCUGUUUGGUGUGGCUCCUUUCCUUCCUGAUCAUCAUUCCCGUGUGGAUGUACGCAGGCCUGAUGCCUCUGGAGGAUGGGACUGUCCGCUGUGCUCUCUUGCUUCCCAAUCCCGAGACUGAUGUCUACUGGUUCACGCUCUACCAGUUCAUGCUGGCCUUUGCAGUGCCACUGAUUGUCAUCUGUGUUGUUUAUUUUAAGAUCCUCCAGCACAUGGCUACCACCGUGGUCCCUCUACCCCAGAGAAGCCUCCAGGUACGGACCAAGAAAGUCACCCGCAUGGCAGUCGCCAUCUGCUCUGCCUUUUUCAUUUGCUGGGCGCCCUUCUACAUCCUCCAGCUGGUGCAUCUCGGCAUUGACACGCCUUCUGUUGCCUUCUUCUAUGCCUAUAACUUCGCCAUUAGCUUGGGCUAUGCCAACAGCUGCCUCAACCCCUUCCUCUACAUCGCCCUGAGUGAGACCUUCAAGCGCCAGUUCAUGGUGGCCAUCCGUCCUGCCAAGGAGCAAUUCCGCAACAGUAGUUCCAUUCACAACAACAGUGCAACCGAAGCCAGUGUGUGCCUAAAGCUGGCACCAGAAUCCACUCAGCAGACUCAGUUUCUGGAGGACUUUUCCCCACACACGCUGCCUGUGACGGUUGCUGUUCACUAGGAACUCAACGGUCACUCCCAAGGAUGGUGUUGGGAGGUCUUUUCUGGGGAUGACACAAAGUACGGAGGGCUGUGGAGAAGAAGGGGCUUCUGACAACUCUUAGUGAAGUGCAUGGACUACAGGCUCCCACUUUGGAGACUCGCAGUGGAGUCCCCUCUCACUGCAGGGCUCUGCAUUCAAUCUGCCCCUGCUCCAAGAGCUUCAGUAUAACUGCUUCCUUGGCCCCCUGAGGAGCCACCUGGGAUCUCCUUUUUAUUUCACACAAAGCACCGGGAUCCUCUUGGAGAAGAAAGGGGGAAAGAGGCAGAAAAGAAGAGAGAAAAGUCGUCAGACGGUAUUUUGUUGGCACUGACGAGCAAAGGCCAGACCAGCUGUUAGCAAGAGGAUCCCAACUGGGUCCUUGCUGUUUGACCAUAGUUUCUGGGAAAUAAACCGAUCUGGACCCUCUUGCUCUAAGACUUGAACCUCAUUAAAAAAGGGAGUGGUUAGAAAACUGAUCUAACUGAGGCCUAUGCUUAAAUCCCAGAAGCAAAAAGACAAGGAAAUGCUCAGCAAAGCAGCCUUCAAAGUGCCUGAGGAACAAGCUCAAAAGCAUUAGCGAGGGAACUCCUGCAGUCAGUUGCCCUGCCAAGAGCCUCUGGACUUCGUGGUGAAGUCCUAACGUGCCUGCGGUGAGCUAUGCUGCUUGGCCAGCCUAUGAAUAUUCAGAAACUGGAUGCUGGGGCCUUGACAAGACGUCUCUCUAUAUUUGCAAGCAAAAUCAGGCCCUCUGGCAGAGAGCGGCUGUACCGAUUGUACUGCUUCAAGGCAUUUCACACAGCUGAGCAAAGCUGCUGCUCCUUACACCUGAUCUGUAGAUAGUCGUCCAGUUGAGCCUGCUUCCUUCAUGCUGCUCCUUCAGACUCCUUCUGUGCCCGUCAAUCUGCAUGUUCAUUAGGGACCGUCACAGGCGGCUUUUUAAAGAUUCCUCCAAACAAGCCAGCGUGCACAAAGGCAGAUGUGUAGAGAAAGGGAAGGUGAGACAGUCGUGCUGAGAAAAUGCAGCUGCUUAAGGGACUUCCAGAGGAUAAUGAUGAUACUACCAAUUAAAACCAAAAUGUCCGUACAUUCUGUGAGGUACUUUCACCUAUUAGAGGGGUUUAACAGGAGGCAUGGAUCAGCAAAGUGCUGGGGAUUACACUGUCAGGAAAGUCUUAAGAUGCUUGUUAAACAAGGGACUAUUGUGGAUGUGUUUGUUGUAGAAGAAACAUUACGACCAGAGUGUUUCUCACACACACACACACACACCAUGCUUAGGUUUUGAACCUAGGGCCUCCUGCUCCCAGAGCAAGACUCAUAGCCCCUAGUGCAACAAGCAUAGAUUCUCAUAUUCACAUACUCAUCCAUGCAACAACACACAGCCAGUCACACACAACCACAAACAUUCUUCAGAAACCAUGCAUACAUCUGUAGGCACGUGUGUGUACAGAAGUACACAAAACACAUUCACCUAUAGCCACAUGCACCAGUACACAUACAGGCAACCCCACAUAGACACACAGUUAUUUCUCUAACUACAUGCACUAGUGUAAGCACACACAGAUCCCAUGACCGUACUGUAAUCUCCCAAUAUUGUCCUCUGCCCUUGGAGGAUAAAUCUAGGUAGCUAGGCAAUCAACUGUAACAUACUCUUUCCUCUUCUGAUCUUUGUCCCCAGAAGAGAUCUUUGUCUUGACAGCAUGGAAUUCAAUUCACCUGUGUAGAUGCUAAAGGGAACUUUUGUUGUGGUUACUCACAAUGUACCCUCUAUUUUUUUCCAUCCAUGUGCAGAAUAAAUUUUAAGUACACCCAUGCAUGUGCAGAUGUGCACCACCAAUAGAAACAUAUGCUGCUGGCUGUGGGUGCUUUGAAAGAGCCAGGCAUUUCCCAUAUGGCUCUGAGCAUCUGAAUCUCUCCUGGGCGGCCAGCCAAGCGCUAAGCUUACAGGGAACACUGGUUACUUGUCCUUUUUGGACAAUAACUUCCCUGAAGAGGCAGGAGCAAGAGCUAAGGAACAGGGUUUGGGGUUUGCUAAGGAGUCUUGUUCCUCUCAUGAAGGGUGAACAGAUCCGGCAUGACCCUCCAUUUGGGUCAGGAAAUGGGAAGGAGGAAGGGUGAUGAGAGGGGGUAGCCAAUGAAGAUUGGUUCCAAUUCAUUCUGGUAAAUGGAAUUGAUUGAGCGAGGAGAGUUCUGGGAAGGGGUGAACAUGGAGACCAAACUACCCCAAAUCCCCAAAGCAGCUGCUCAUCUUCCCUUCAGUCCGGGCCAGUGCCCCACGCCCUGCUAGGUGAGCAGGUCUCCUUACGGCUCCUUUCUUCCCACACCAGGCGCAAAACAAAACGUCCCUCACUCCCCUGGUCAGUCGGGGCUGGGCCUGUGGUGGAGGCCGCAAGUUCAGCCUCCGAGGCAGGAGUGUGUGGUGUCACUGGGUAGCAUCUCCUGGGUAUUAGAGCCUGGAUGGGUUCCAAACUGCAAUGGGCCCCAGGUGGCUCCGGCUCCACUCUGGUUGCUGGAGAAGGGAGAACAGGGUUAGGUCAGGGACUAGUUCCCUGUCCCCUCUGGAUCUGCGGCCAGAGAGGGAGCUGAAUCUGCCCCGCUGAUUAUGGAACUUGCAGGGGAUGCAAGGUCCCACCUGGAGAGCCUGAAUCACAGACAGGAGAGGUGGAGAAGACCUGUUAGAGGCUGCUAGUACAGCACUCUGAGGCAAAAGCAGGGUUUCCUAUGGCCUGUACUUAAGGGCUGGCUGUGAUCAUUGAGAAUUUCUGAAUGAGGCUCCUUGGAUGGAAUCGUACCAGCUGCAAGAUGCAGGAACUGUGGUGGGUGUAAGCAGGGGGACAGGGACGGGGACUCUCCACAGACAGAUGGAAAACCAAAUCAAGGUAAGGGAGGGGAUUCCUUGAAUUGUUGGGUGAAUCAGAGGUGUUGGUCCUUGAAGGCUGGCAGAAUCUCUACUGCAAGAGUCGGGCAUUUCCGUACGGCUCUGAGCAGACAGCACAGACCUCUCCAGGGAUUAAGGCCCAGAGAGUUUAAAUUGAGAGGAUUUCCCCAAAGCGCCCUGCAUACGCUACAAACCUGUGUGGCUAUCUGUCUGCAAAGCGUGAGCUGGAUGUAUCUGCGGGGCUGAAGGCCUCCUGCGUGUUUUGUGCCGCCGGUAUUUGGCUCUCAGAGAGUGUCAUGUUGUUAUCUCGUGUACAAUAAAGACGUUUGUGCUUGAGAUGGUUGGCUCCAGGCCCAUACUAGUCU